AUGUUCUCUUUCACAGCCCUCAUCUGUUUCACCGCUUUCAUUGAUGUUUCCUACCAACAAACGUAUGGAUGCACUUCCACUCCUCAACCUGACUUGAAUGGAGCAUGUCCAGAUGGAUACACAUAUAUCACUGAUAGCGGAUGUUGUCCACCGGCUGAUACCUACGCUAUCACGACAACUGCUGCUGCCACGACAACAACUACGGCUAUAGCUACAACUGCUUCCACUUGUGUAGAUCUAACAAACGCAUCUACUGGAGUCAGCGAUUGUCCAGGAAUGGCUUCGUAUUGCACCAACACCAUCUACUUGAGUUUGAUGAAGCAGCAGUGUCCAAAAACUUGUGGAUAUUGUACUUCUUCGUCUGCUACCACGACAGCAUCUUCGUCGUCUAGUUGCGUAGAUUUGACGAAUCCUUCAACUGGAGUCAGCGAUUGUCCUGGUAUGGUUUCCUAUUGUACUAACUCUGCUUAUUUGACUUUGAUGAAACAACAGUGCCCAAAGACUUGUGGAUACUGCACUUCAUCAUCUGCUACCACCACGGCUUCUUCAUCUUCUUCAUCCACCUGUGCCGACCUCGUAAACGCCUCAACCGGAGUCAGUGACUGUCCAGGAAGGGCUUCCUACUGUACCAACUCUGCCUAUUUGACGCUUAUGAAACAACAUUGCCCAAAAACCUGCGGAUACUGUACAUCCACAUCCAGCUCAUCCUCAUCCUCCUCUUCAACCUGUGCUGAUUUGGUCAACUCCUCAACCGGAGUAAGCAAUUGUGCAAGUAUGGUUGCCUACUGUACUAACUCUGCCUAUUUGUCCUUGAUGAAAACUCAAUGCCCAAAAACAUGUGGAUAUUGCACCUGA